CUGCGCUGAAAUCGUAGACCAGUCAGUCACGGCAACGCUUCCAUCGCGCAAGGAUGAACAAUCGAGUGCAUUUCGUUCUCGCGGCCCUAGUGGCAAUCGCUACGAUCAUUACCGGCACCGUCGCCCAUCGCCGUUGGAAUAAUAAUAAUAACAAUAAUUUCCAUCACGGCCGCCACGAUGGUAAUCGUCACCAGCAUCAUCAUCAUCAUCACCAUCAUCAUCGCCACGGACGCUGGUACCCGUCCGUGGUACCGACGUUUGAAAUCUACGAACCGAAAGGCCUCGAAGUGUACAUCGCAGAUCGCAAUCAAUCGGCGGAGUACUUUGCGAUCGCCAUCUAUAUCAACGCAGCGAACACAUCGGAUGACGUACCGGCAGUUGUGCAAAACACGAGCACCCUUGUGUAUGGCAAGUUCAUCGUGCAGGACUCAUCGGUGAUCAUCAAGCCCGGGGAUAUCGUUUCAUACAAAGCUCAAAUAGGAUUUCAAAAUGGCAAAAAUGCAACCCUCGUGCAUCGUUUCUACGUGAGAUAUGAUAUGAUCAGAAAGAACUGUACGUGCGAUGAAGGGUCUCCUUCAUCUGCCUUCACUACCACCGAAGCGCCCUAUGUUCAUCCAACACAAGCUCCCAUCGUACCACCUACCUCCGCCAAAUCAACCGUUGAUUACUACGAUGAACGUACGGAGGAUCAAUACGAGUGCGAGAUUGAUCCCCACACCAACCUUUGCAAGUCGAGGCUGCUGAUUGACGAACGUAUUUCGCCGGAUAAGCUUGAAGCCGCCCCAUCGACCAACCGUGAGCGACAGGUGCUGGAAGGCAUCAUCGAUUCUUUGCAGAGCCAGUGUGCCCUCGAAACUAGGACCAACUAUAUGACGCUUGCGGUGCCGGCGCAGGAUGAGUCCCUAGUGUCGGACCCUGUGCUGUACGUACAGCAGAAGCUUUCGACGACGCGCGAACUUCAGCAGUUGGUGAAGCAGGGAGUGCGCGUUGCUCAACUGGAAUCCGAUAUUGUGGUGUUUGAGAUGCGUACGGCACUGGAUAAGCUGAAGUUGCUGUACCUCUGCAGGGAAGCCAACAUCCAGGCGGUUCAAGAUUACGAUUUUACUCCUGCGGUUGAAGUGGUAUAGACUACCUCUCCGGUCAAUAUAAGUGUACGAUUGACGCUUUGCAACACCGCAGGCACGUUUAACACGCAUUCAAGGUGUCUUGUAAAAGAUGAAUAAACGGUCACCACGUUGGUUACCUUCAAACUAA